AAUUUAGACAACUGCAACACACUAACCACAAAUCGUUUCUCAUUCAAACCAACCACACACAUCCUGCUUAAUUCUCAACCUCAUUCAACUAUCAAAUCAGACACAGCAGUCGAAACUAUCAAUCAACGGUCGGUCAACAACUAUCAACUUGUCAGUGCAUAAUCUGAUAACAACACAAUCAUUAUUCUCAUCUGAUAUAUCACUCUGGCUGUAACAAUUCAGUCAAAACACGGUUAUCGAAAGGCCAAUCGUAGAACAAAUAUGGUUUCGUGUGCAGAGAAAUAUGUCAGUAAACAACACGUUAUAGCUGAUCGUCUACGAUUGACCUCGAGUCCAUUGGUGCGUGCAUGUUUGGGCGAAUUCAUGGGUUCAAUUAUCCUAUUGAUCUUUGGUAAUGGUGUGUUAGCACAAGUAAUUCUGGGUGAUCACGGCAAACAAGCUCACGGAACAUUCAUUUCAAUUAGUUUGGGAUGGGGUUUCGCAGUAUAUAUGGCUGUGAUCUUCUCUGGACAAUGUGGUUCCGGACACUGUAAUCCAGCUGUCACACUGGCAUCUGCAAUCGUGGGGAAACUACCAUUUCGACGUAUACUGUUCUAUACACUGUUUCAAGUACUCGGUGCUUUCCUCGGUGCAUUGGUUGUGUUCGCAGUGUAUCGGGAGAAAAUCAUGGAAUAUGCUGUAACACACGAUAAUGGAAAGUUGUUGUUGAAUUCGACAGGUGGUAUAUUUGUCACCAAUCCAUCUGCAUCUCAUCUGACAUGUUUUCUGGAUCAAGUUCUGGGUACUGCGUUGUUGACAGCAGGAGCGUUUGCCAUCACUGAUCCGAAUGGAUGGAAACUUCCAGACCACUUGCACCCUCUACAUCUGGCAUUUCUAGUGUAUGCUCUGGUUGGUUGUUUUGCAUUGAAUGCUGGAGCAGCACUAAAUCCAGCUCGUGAUCUCGGACCGAGACUGAUGAUAUUUCUAUUUGGUUGGGGUAACCAAGCAUUCAGUGGAGCAGAUUAUUUCUUCUGGAUACCGAUUGCUGGACCAUAUAUCGGAGCUGUGAUCGGCGCAGUUUUAUACGAAUUAACCAUCGGCAUACAUUUGGAUCGGAAACCGGAAUUCGUUGUAGAUGUGGAUUAUGACGAUGUACGACCUGAUGGUAAAAUGUUAGCAUCCUAUUCAUCACCCAAUCCUUCACAAUUAUAACUCAUCACUCUCGACACUCACACACACAGACACACACAGUCCAAUCAUUGUCGAUACAUCACAAUUACUGUUACAUUUUGUUUGUGACUUUCUAAAUAUUUGACAUUGUACAUUGGUGAGUUGAUUCACUUUCUGUCCAGAUCACUUGACCAUUCAACAUGCACAUUGUGAUACAUGAUGUUGAUAAUGAAUCGUAGAAACAAAAACGUGAUUAUUCUUUUCAGUAAAAUUCAAUAUAUUGAUUGUAUUUGUUUGUUGUUUUUCAUUUACUAGUCUAAUCAGAAACACCACACACCUCCGCAUUCCUCACUUUGAAAAUGUUGACAUUGGUAGAAAUUACGAGGAAUCCGAUGUCAAACCGUUACGAUAAAUAAAUGCAAAGUAGUUGAGAGGAACAGAGAGGAUUAGUUAAGUGAAUAGAGUACUAACAACAUCGGAUAGUGUUGUGGAACGAUGAUCAAUCAAAACAGAGAUGACUAUCGCUCAUACAUUCAUCUCUAUUUUUACAUUCAGG